AUGUUAUCACUACAACGCAUAGCAACAACCGCAAGAAGCAGUAUAUUUCCUCGAGCUCUUUUGGCUCAACAACGCCCGUAUUCGUAUCUCAACGCCAACGUCGCCCACCACCAUGAACACUCAGACCCUCGACAUGACAAGAACGUCCAUGUCAUGCACUCUCGAGGCGUCAAUAUUCUUCACGACCCGUUACUAUCCAAGGGUACUGCUUUUAGUAUCGCCGAGAGAGAGCGUCUCUCUAUCCGUGGUCUUGUUCCUCCUCGCUGCCAAGAAAUGGAUAAACAGCUCUUGAGAGUUAAACGUAAUCUUGAUGCUUGUGAAACUCCACUUGCGAAAUUUGUAUUUUUGGCUGCAUUACAUGAUAGAAAUGAAACCUUGUAUUACAAGAUUAUUAUGGAGCAUCUUGAAGAGCUAGCUGGUAUUAUCUAUACACCAACAGUUGGACUUGCAAGUCAAAUGUCGCAUUCCAUUUACCGUCGCUCUCGUGGCAUGUACUUUUCAAGUCAAGAUCGUGGUCAGAUGUCUGCUAUGGUCUAUAACUGGCCACAUGAUAAAGUCGAUGUCAUUGUAGUUACUGAUGGAUCAAGAGUGUUAGGGUUGGGUGAUUUAGGAGCCAACGGUAUGCAGAUUCCAAUUGGAAAAUUAAGUUUGUAUGUCGCUGCUGGUGGCAUCAGACCAAGAGCCGUAUUGCCUGUCGUAUUGGACGUAGGCACAAAUAACCAAGACCUAUUGAGCGAUCCUCUGUAUCUUGGUAUGAGUCACCCUAGAUUAGAAGGUGAAGAAUACUACUCGUUCAUUGAUGAGUGGGUCACUGCAGUUACGAGUCGUUGGCCAGAUGCCUUGAUCCAAUUCGAAGACUUCAAAUACCCUCAUGCUUAUAACUUGCUCGCUAAAUAUCGCAAUCGUAUAACAUGCUUUAAUGAUGACAUUCAGUCCACCUCGUCCAUCACCUUGGCAGGCAUACUGGCGUCGCUCAAGUCAAGAGGCAUGUCGCAGGAAGACUUGUCUAAUGAACGUAUCAUCUGCGUGGGAGCAGGAUCAGCAGGUGUAGGCGUAUGCGAGGGCAUCAUCGACUGCAUGGUGGCUCAGGGACGCGUGAAGAGCAGAGAAGAGGCUUACUCAAAGAUCUACAUGCUUGAUCAGUACGGAUUAUUGGGCAAUCCAGGUGUAAAUCCUCCUUCUGAAGAGGAGCAUAGUCAUCCAUAUCAACCUCGCACGACUAAAUUGGACGAUCGACAAUAUUGCUAUGUCAAGCAUGAUCUCCGAGAUCAAAUGGGUUUAGAAGAACUUGUGAGAAAGGUCAAGCCUACAGUAUUGUUGGGACUUACAGGCAUUCGUGGUGUGUUCACAGAAGAAGCAGUUCGAGAAAUGGCCAAACAUCACGAGCGUCCUGUCAUCUUCCCUUUGAGUAAUCCUGAUACGCAUGCAGAAUGUACUGCAGAAGAGGCAUUCAAGUGGACAGAGGGUAGAGCCAUCUUUGCCUCAGGAAGUCCUUUUAAGGAUGUUCAGUUAGCUAAUGGUAAAAUUGGCAGAACUAAUCAGUGCAAUAAUUCGUACAGUUUUCCCGGCUUGGGAUUGGGCAUUACUGUAUCGAGAGCAAGUAGAGUUACCCCAAACAUGUUCCUGGAAACUGCUCGUACUAUCGCUGAUAUGGCUACACCUUCACAAUUGAAAGAGGGCAUCUUAUUUCCUGGGGUAAGCCACUUGAGAGAGGUUGCUCUUAAUGUAGGUACCCGUGUCUGUGAAGUGGCAUUCCAAGAAGGCUAUGCCACCGCCAUAUUGGAGGAAGGAGAGAUUUUGAGUGAAGUUGUUAGAAGUUCUGCUUAUCAACCAGAGUAUGUUCCCCUUGUAUACAGAGAUCAUUGA